AGACCUGGAGCCAGGGCCGAAAAUUCGACUCAUCGCAGGUGAAGGUUUGAUUGUAAAUUACGAAAGAGUAUGUUAUUCUGAGUAAAAAGAAUCUUGUCUGCCAUUCCAGAGCCGCUGCUUUAAAAAAUGUUGGUUGAUUUAAAGAAUAUUAGGCCAGUAAUUUGAGAAUCGAAAAGCAUUAUACAAUAUACAAUCCAUUGCGAAAAUGUCUUACAAGGAAAGCUCGUUCUCUUGAAUCAGAAAUAGAUGAAAAACUCAAUGAUUUUAGUAAGCUUUGCAAAAUGCACAAGCACCGAUCAAAAUACUUAAGAUUAUCAGAGUCCGCUAUGUUAAAUGAUGAUGUUGUCCUAACGGAAUCUACUGAAAUCAGGAGACUUAUAGAUGAGCUUGGAGAGAUCAAUGAUGAACUUGGAGAAGUAAUAUCACCAAUUAAUUUUGAUGAAGUCCAAACCCAUACCAGGCAAAUUCAUAGGGAAAGGCUUAUGCAUUACAAAUCAGAGCUCAAAGGAAUUCUUGAUCAUUACCAUUUCGAUAAAGAAAAGGAAGAAUUAUUUUCAAGGCAGUAUGAAACACAAAAGAAUAGUUUAAAUAGGAGAUUGGAGUUAAAUUUGAAGGAAAAUGAACACCUGCUUAGUUCUGAAAGAUUAAUUGACGAUCAAAUUAAUAUUGCAGUUGAAACUAGAGAAAAUCUUAUUUCACAAAGGCUAACUAUGAAAAGACUUCAAGUUCGACUCCAUGAUAUUGCCAAUAGGUUUCCAGUUGUAAAUAGUCUUGUGAAUCGUAUUAAUAUUCAUAAAAGGCGAGAUUCCAUUAUUAUUGGAAUAGUUAUUUUUAUCUGCACAUUGUUGCUUUUAUCAUAUGCUUUUCAUUAAACUCAAUUAAAUUCAACUAUUAUAUUUUGUUCUAUAAAGUUUAUGAUUAGUUUUCUAAAAGAUUAAUGUGAUGUUCAUUUUAUGUAAUUGUUAAUGAAGUAAUAUCUUAUUAUUGCUUAUUUAUUAUUAUACUGAUUAUUUCCUAGUUUCAUUUGGUGUUACAUAUAGUGUUGUAAUGUAUUCUUUGUACAUGAAUAAGAAGAAUUCAUAAAAAUUGUACCUUACAAUUUUAUCUGGAAAGACUGAUUGUUGAUUUUCAAAAUUAAACUUUCAUUAUCUAUUUCAGUGCUCAAAAAUUAUUUAUUGAAGGAUAUAAACUAAAUUAAAAAGUUAGACUAUCAGUGCUUCCAUAACAACCUGUCUUCACAUUAAUAAUUUAUAUGAUUCUUUUUUUCAUCAUAGCUUUAAUCCAUCAGUGGUCUCUUCGAGUCCACGAGACCUAGGAGACAACAGUUUUUGUAUUAUCUGUGAUAUAGAAACUAAUUAACUUGUUCACUAUUGGAGUAAUUUCUUACCAAAUAGAUUGUAUUCCUUUGUCUUAACUUAUUUUCAAAUUUAAAUAAAGGCAAAGUGAUAGAAAGUCUCAAAACUAUAUGUUCAGCUAACCACUGAAGGAUUAACUGAAAGCAUUUUUAAUAUUACAUUCUAUUAACAAAGUUAUUGUUCUUAAAUUAUUUAAGAAAUCGAUCAAUAUCAAGAAUUAUCAAGGGAACCAAGCUAAAUUAAAUAUAUAUGGAUUAUAUCUGGCAUUAUGUUAAUGAAUAUAUUUUUAGUAGAAUAAAGUUAAUUUCUUAAAUAUUUUAAUUGUAGUUAUUUAUUUACUUUAAAUUUUCCAAUUACGCUAUAUACUUUUAUUAUAUGUGAAAUAAAAUUUUAGUAUAUCUGAAAUACUUGGAAACAGUUGAUGAAAUGAGUUCAUUAAUUUAUAAUUUUAUAUUAAUCAUAUUUAUGUAUGAAACAGUUUUAUCUAUAUGUAAAUUAGUUCUUUUAUGUAGUGUGACUGGCCUCAAUAAGUAGCAGUAGUUAUACAGUGAAAUUUUCACUCUUAUUUCAGUUUUCAAAACCAAUUUGAAAUUUCUAAUUCAGUAGAUGUUUUGGAUAAUUAAUGACAUAUUUCACUCCAGACAUUGUUUUCUUACCUUUAGUUUAAGGGUGACUCGGACUUCAUACCUAGCCCUAGCCCUCUCUGUAUUAUUGUGAUCUGUUACUCUGGGUGAAAAAUUUGAUUCCUACAGGUUUUAGUGUUUUUUAGUUUUUAUUUUAUAUCAGGGUAAAAUAAAUUAAUUCAAAACAAAUCUCUUAUCACUUUGAUCCAAUGCAUGAUAUUUAACCAUAGAUUUCUAUUUUUUUAUUACGAAUUAGUACAUUUAUUUUAUUGGUAUAUUUUUAAACUAUUAACUGAACAUAAAUAUCAUAAAACUUAUUUGUAUUUUAUAUAAUUAAUAUAAAUAUAGUCAUUUUAUUGAUAACAAUAUACAUGAGCCUUUGAGUAUUAUCUAUAGUCAAGUUCAUACUGUCUGUCAUAGUCUUCAAAGCUAUAAUCAUCAUCUUCUCCUGGAGGAACAAGAGCUCCAUCCGCAAAGUCUGAAAUGUUUUCUUUAAAUCCCAACAUUUUAGCGAAGCCAUAUAUAAGUCGGAGAACAACUAGCCGCACAAAAUUAAAUACAUUAGUUUCCUUGAUGUUUUUUACUGCAGUAUUCUCUGCAUUACUAAAAACCUGAAACAUGAGAUUUUUAUUUGUUUGAUUUGAUUAUAGUAAUAAAUUGUAAAUUUAUGCUUUAUUUAUUAUUUAAAAUUAAUAUAUUGAAAUAGUCCUAUUAAUUUAAUCAAUAAAAAAUAAAAGCAAUAUGACAUGAUAUCAGCUGUUUAAUGGAGAGUCUAAGAAGAGCGAUAAUGACCUAAUGAGCUUGGUUUUGUUUUAGAAAAUGUUUUUUUUAAAUAUUUGUAUAUAGAUUUGUAAAUAGAUUAGUUAUUAAGUAUCUGUUUUGUAAAUUUUCUUAGUGUUACUUUUUUUUUCUCUCUUCUUUUUGUAUAUAUUAUUAUUUAGAGGUAUGGAAUCUGAUAAGAACAUUUCUUUUGACGAAUCAGAUGAAGAGACUCCUUUCUCCGAAAUCAGUGAGACAAAUUCUCAAUAUUUAACAAGGCGAACUUUCCAAAAGCGCCAUAGAAACUCUGCCCCCGGUUCGGCGGGCAACUCACCUAAUAAAAAAACAAAGCAAUCACUCAAAGUAAAUAAACAAUCAAAAACUAGCAAUAGUAAUAAUUCAGCUAUGAAACCUGACACUAAACCACGUACUAACACAUCCAGCAACAAUUCUGUUGCAGCCAAUAAUAAAAGUAACAAAAUCACUGAAACUAGAACUUUCACUGAACCAGAGCCAUUCAAGUUCAUGUAUAAUUUUAUGCUAAGUACCACAAUAAAAUUUUUAAAUGUUUCAAAUAAAUACAGAGCAUAAUAGAAAUAUUUUUAAAAAAGGACAAAUUAUUUAAUCUAAAAUUAAAGAAACAUUUUCUUUCCGUGAAUUUUUGUAAAUAUUACAUUUUUAUGUCAUAAUUAAUGCUAUAAGUAGUGAUUUUUUUCUCAAGUUUUUUGCCUUUGAUUUUAUGUUUACUUAAUUGUUGUAAAGUCAUGAGUGUUUGUGGUUUUAUUGCCCUCUCUCAGUCUCCACCGGACUGGUAAUGCCGGCGACGCGGUUGAGAAAGAAGCGCUG